AAAAAACACCCGAAGGCUGUCGUGGAUACCCUGUUCCAGGCAUCAUUUGUUCCUGCCAGGGCUGAGAUCGUGGAGGAGGGAAUGCGGGCACUCACCCACGUCUUUAAACAUCUGGGGAUGGAUGCGGGGCCCCUGGUCCAGGAUGCAGCUAUGCACAUCAGGCCCUUUUUUAACCAUGACAAUGACGGUCUUCGCGCUGUGGCUUUCUCCCUCUUCGGCGCCCUGGCAGGCUGCGUGAAAAGAAGGCAAGCCUUUUAUAAAAGGCAGGUGAGGCAGAGCCUGGGAACACUCCUGCUUCAUCUGGAGGACCCCAACCCGCAGGUGGCCAAGGAAUGCAGAACAACGCUGGGCUUGUGCUGCCCUUACCUGGGCUUAAGGAGGGUCCAGGCCGCCCUGGCCUUUCAUAUCCAGGGGUCAGAGCAGGGGAAGCAGGAACAGCUGCUGCGGGACAUCUGCAGGCAUUUGGCCAAAGAAAAACCUGCUCUUUUGGAGGAUCUCUGCCAGGCAGCCCAGGGACACUACUCAAGCCCAUGGCCAGAAAUUCAGAUGGCAGCCGUCAAAUUUACAGGCAUCGUUACGGAGUAUGCUGCCCCCAGGAGUGCCAGACAGGUUGCACACCUGCUGAGCUCUCUGCAAACUCUGGGACAGGACACCUCACAGGAGGUCCAAGAUGUGGCCGCUCAGGUUGCAGAGGCUAUUUCUAAAAGCCCUUGGGGCAGCGUAUUGCAAGAAGAGGAAAACCAUGGGCAUACCCUUCCCUAUAUCACCUCAUUGCUUUGUUUUGGGUGCCUAAGGCUCCGCUCCAUUUAAAAGCAAGGUCCUGUAUUUGUAUAUGUUC